AUGAAGACAACACUUCGCCUACCGGCUCUUUUCGACACAGCAGGUGGUCGAAUCCUGAAAUAUGGCGACCUACCUUUUUUGUCUGGCUUGGGUUUGAGCUCCGGCUUGCUGGGACGGCGACCGGUGAUCGCAACACUAGCGGCCCGGCCAGGCACAGCAGCAGCAGCAGCAGCAGCAGCGACAACACCGUUCACCACCACCGCCGCAUCAUGGCUCAAAUCAUGGCAAAUGCCUCCCCGUCCUAAACUGCCCGAGGACGAGUUGGAAGAGGUUUACCUCAAGGGUAGCGGUCCUGGUGGACAAAAGAUUAAUAAAACAAACUCCGCCGUCCAACUCCGCCACAUCCCAACCAACAUCGUGAUCAAAUGCCAAGAAACGCGUUCGCGCACGCAAAACCGCAAGCUAGCGCGGGAGAUCCUCGCCGCCAAGGUAGAUUUUCACCUGAACGGGGAUAAGUCGCGGGUAGCGAUCGUGGGCAACGUCAAGAAGAAGAAGGCGGAUAGUAAAGCCAAGAAGGCUCGGAGGAAGUAUAAGAAGUUGGAGGAGGAGAAGGCUGGUAAGGGUGGUGCUGGUGUUGAUGGGCAGAUAGCGGAAGGGGAAGAGGGUAGAGAGGUGGAGGAGGGGGAAGAAGGGGAAGAGUGGGAAGAGGUUGAUGCCGAAGCUGCUGAGGGAGAAGAGGAGCUACAAGAGGCUAAGAAGGGAGAAGAGGCUGAGAAGCGCGGAGGAAGCGCAGAUGCCGCCGUUAAGCAGUGA